GCGGGCCGGGGGGAUCCGUUGAGCAGGAGAUGCCUUGCGUGGGUCUCUCCUGCCUGGUCACCUGGGAGCAUCACAUGCGGCCCCGUCGGGGCUGCGGGACGCAGACGCUGCACAGUAGGGUUACCAUCUUUCGUUUUUCCAACAAGAGGAUGUUGUGGGGGUUGGAGGAGCUGAAGGGAGUGUCUGCGGCGGGGAUACUCACAGGAGCUGGGGAACAGUGUCACUCCCUAACACAGUGGCAGGCUGGUGCAAGCCCAGGGCAUGUCAGUCAGUGCCUUUCUGUGGGGCCCCCUGCCCAGAGCUGGGUGCCAGGGCCUCGGUGUGCAGCUGUGGAUGCUGGGGAGGGACCAGCUAGGAAGUGGACCAAUCAAGGUUCUUUCUGAGCUGCAUCGUUUGCGCUGAAAAAAAUCUGGCCAUUUCCUCUUGUUUGAAAAAUCUGCACAGAGGAUGGAUCCUCUAAGAAGAGGAACUAGCCAGAAAAACCUUGACAUAGGGUAAUCUACACAGGACCUGGCUCUUCCCCAGUGAGCCCUGCCCAUGACAGAUGGUAAAAGGGAGUGGGGCUCCCAUCUUGAAGGCAGGGUGGGAUGUGUCUGUUCUAACACAGCGGUUUGGAGAAGACAGUCCCUGACUUGCUGUGGCAGCACAGCUCUUUCACCAACCCCACAUCUGCCAACAUGGAGCUAGCUGUCCCUGCAAUCCCUUCUGUUGAACAUGUUUGACAAGCCGAACAAGGAUGCUUUUCAUGUGGUUGCACGCUUCUUGUUUACUAAACUGGAUCAUUCACGCUCCAUAGAGAUCUUCCGAUUUUGUUGCCCUCCAGCGGAUAAAAAGGGAGAUGCUGAAUUCAGGAAGCAAUGCUGCGAAUGGCUAAAAAAAAUUUCAGAUGAAUGUGGAAACAGCUUUCCUCCGGUUGUAGCCUCACUAUUUCUUUCUCCUGGUGGUCCUAAAUUUAUUCAUUUAAUGUACCACUUUGCAAGAUAUGUAAUAGUACAACAUAUGAAAAAAGAUUCUGAAGACGCCAAUAUACAUUUUCCGGAAGCUGUGAAUUCAAGGCCUCGUGACUCAUAUAAGGCAGCAGCAAGAUACAGAGUGGCAUGUAUUAGAUUUUUACAGUCUAUACAAAGGGAAGAUUUUGUAAUUCGAGAAUACCAGAGAAAAGCACAAUUAUUGACUAAACAAAUAAGAGACCCAAGAUCUGAAUGUGCAGAGCUGCACAAACUGCUUCAAAAAAUGGAGCAAAAUAGCCAAAAGCAAACUGACCAAGCAGAGAGAGUUCAAAAGGUUCGCUCCAGGUGGGCAUCUGUAAUGGAAACACUUACAAGCUUGGAAAAGGAGAAAGAAGUUGUAGAUUCUGUUGUUGAUGGUCACGUGGACCAGUAUGCUUUAGAUGGAACUAAUGUCACUAUCAGCGUUCCAAGGCUGCUGCUUGACAAAAUUGAAAAUCAAAUGUACAAAUUGCAUAUAGGAAAUGUAUAUGAAGCUGGAAAACUCAAUCUGUUAACCGUCAUUCAGUUAUUAAAUGAAGCAUUGAAGAUUUUAAGAUAUGAACGUCAACAAGUUGACCAUGAGGCACUAAAGCUAGAUCUUCAGUACAUUGAAGGGAAGACCAAAUUUCAGAAUAAAAUUUUAUUGGGUCUGAAGUCCAUGAGGCACAAACUGAAGCGAGAGGAUCACGUGUCCAUAGUGGAAUCAAUUGCUGAAAAACAAAGAGAUUGGGAUAUGAAGUGGGAAAACUUCCUUGGCCAGUCUCCCUUCAGUUUAAUUAAAGAUCAGAAUCCAGUACUUGAUUUGUUACCAGCUAUGUCUCCUCUUUCUUUUGAUCCUGCAACAGAAGAGGCUUAUAAAAGCAGUGUCUUCUGUAAAUAUCCAGCAUCAGUUCCAGAUACACCAAAAAAGGAUUGUCAAGCAAAUGGUAAGAAAGAGGAUGCAGCAUUGGAAAGUAUAAUGGACACAACAUCUACAGGAAGGAUGCUCUCACCCUUGCAGCCAGCUACACAGAGCUUUCUCACAGCUGAACCCAGCAGUGUAGUACUUGAAAAGGAUGUACAUACUACAACUCCAAAAAGGAAGGAACGAUCUGUUUCUCAAAAAAUCUUAAAAUAUGCAGUGCACAAACCUAGACCAGUAGAAGCUUGGAAGAACGGAGAUACUCAUGUACUCCAAUCACCCGUUGCAGUUAGAGAAGAUCCUAUUAAGAAAGCACAAGAGCAACUGGCAGAAGAGGUUGCAGAUGUAGUGGUAUCAGAAUCGACUCAAGGUGAUGGUGGAAAAGGAAUGGAGUUAGAUGACUUAAUUGGCUCAUUGGCUGCUAACCCUUUCUUAACAAGGAAACAGAUCCCACGAACUCCAGAAAAUCUGAUUACUGAAAUUAGAAGCUCAUGGAGAAAAGCUAUUCAAGCUGAAGAUCCUUCAGAUACAGAGUUGGCUCAGACUGAAAUGGUGACAAAAGAAGCUCCAUUGGAUCUAGAGUCUGCAAUUUGUAGCCGAAUAGAUUCUAGUAUGGCCUGCUUUAUGUCUUCAUCUCACAUGUCUGACCUUAAUGUUUCUAAUUUACUAGAAAGGAAAUCUUCAGUAAGCUGCAUGACACCUGCACCUAAAAAGCAGGUGGUGGUUAGUCACGGCAGUGAAUCGUCAACACAGAUACCAGCUACAAGAAUGCCAGAUAACGAAAGAUCCUGGGAGCUUGGAUCAAAACAUACUGUUUCAAGUAAAAGUCUCACAGAAAAUCUAGAAGAAUCUGUCUUUCCAACUGUAGAUAAGAGCAUGAAUCCUCUGGAUAAUAGUGCAGAGAGAGAUAUUAAAACAGAUGCUCUAUCACCUUAUUUUUGUCAGAAUUCUUCAGUGCAUACAACUCUGCCAUGGGAUGCUUCUCAAAUGGUAAGUAGUACUAGUUCUGACAGUAAUGAAGUUAUCCAGUUUGGAAUACUACAUGAGACUCUUCCAGAGGAACUUGGCAACAUAAGUCUUAAUAGCUCUGAAAGUUUAGAGACUGAUGAUGAAGUUGAAUGUAACUCAAGGGAUAGCAAGUCCUUAGAAAACAUAGUGAAAAAUGAAUGGGCCUCUCAAGAAUGCAAACAGGAUUUACAAUCUAUUCGCAACAGGUAUGAAGCACUGAAAAAGACAGUUUUUGGAAAUGAGGAAGAUUCAUUUCAGUCACCUAGAAAACAAUUUCUGAGGCACAGAUCAGAGAGAAACCUUAUUCCAGGAUGCAAAGAAACAAAAGAAGUAUUUAGUCCUCUAGGAAAACUCUAUGCAUUGGAUGCAGAGUAUAUCAAGACACCUUCACACAUGUCUGUUUUUGAAAGAAGGCACACUCUUUCUCCACUGAUUGCAUUUUCUCCAGUUCAAGAGAGACUAAGGUCAAUGACGCAAAAGAAACCUGGAGACUCCCUGCAUAUCUUGAAGGAAGAAGAGAAUUUGAAGGAGAAGCUGGAUGCAAAAGAAUCAUCUGAUAUAAAGACACGUAAAGAUGAAGCAGUUUCACACUUCAUAGAAUUCUGAUGCACUUGGAUGUGUAAUGCUUGUGUACUAAACAAAUUAGACUUAUAAUUUAAAAUGCUAUUUGUAAUUUACAUUUUUCAAACUCAUUCUUCCAUUUCAGACAGAAAUUCUGCCAGUACAUACAUUGAAAUGCUUAUUUUAACUGACCGGGGAAGACAUUUCCUUAGUGUACAAUGUCCAUUAAGGCUGAAUUCUUUCUUUGGUCAUUGAUCAGAGGGACUUGGAGAUUUUUGACCAUUGAUAUGAGAAGACUAAUAGUCAGAUGUGUGGAAUCAAACAUUUUGUUGGAUUGUGUGGGUGUCAUGCACACUGAAACUCCUGAGACUGACACGACUCCCUAAAACAGGUCACAUUUUAAUUUGAAGUAUUUAUUAAAACAAAAAAAAAAGUCAAGGACCCUGCUGAAAAAUGACAUUUAACCACAUGCAUUAUAAGAUAUCAAGGAUAUCAUCCUUUAAUUUUUGAAGUCUAGCAAAAUUCGAACUUUAAUUACCACACAAAUUGUGAAGGGAUUUUGUAGGAGAAAAAGGAUGGAUUCUUGUAAAGACCUCCUCUCCCCAGUUCCCUGUUUGCCUCCCAAUCUGACCUGUCAGAUUUAUUUUGUGGAGGCCCUUUUUCUGCCACCAGCUCUGAUGCCCUAACUCCACAGCAGCAUGGUUCCACUGGUAGUACCCUUGGUUAUAGCAUUGUCAGGAGAAAUGAUGGGACUGUUCAGACAAGUCCUGGAGACCUUUCCAGGUUGGAUACCUGGGACUGAAAAGGGGUACAUUUGUAUCCAUCCUGCCCUGCCCAUUGUAAGCAGCUGGAAACUUCUGUGUGUUCAGAUCAAGGUGGGGGUAUGAUUUAGCCUAAUAUAUUGACUUGCAGGGGAAGAGAAUCAAUUUGGUAAGAUGGAGCACUGAUGGUCUAUGGCCUCACUACUCACCUUCCAUAAACAAACCUCUUGACUUAAAAUUCUGGGGACCAGUGACUGUUCAAGUAGAACUAAAGGUAAAGUGAGGAAAGAUUUAGGGAGAGGGAAGUCAAGUGGAAGAAAGGCACAUGAAGAGUAGGUCAAAAGAGUGCUCCCAAACACUGUAACUAAGCCCACUAACAAGACCAAUUAGAAAUCCACUUGUGGGUUAAAGUAAUUUAGGAUUUUUGUCUAACUUUAGAUUUCAUGUUUGACUUUGUCUUGUGUUUAUUUAAACUUUUGUUUUUAAAUAGUUUAUUAAAAUGAAAAACAGUUUUCAGUCUU